CCUUAAACCCUCAGCAAUCCCCUAGCUGAGCCCUCAGUCCAGUCCGGUCCAGCUCCAAGCCAUGUUCUCUCUCUCCCGCCAAAUUUACCCUAAUCCGUUCCAAUUUAUCCCUAAUCUCAACCAAACCCCCUCAUUUCCCUCAUUCCGCUUGGAUUUCCCUCUCAAACCCGCACCCUACCCCUCAAUUAGGCAACAAAUCAAGGCGUCGUCGACGAGAGGAAUCGAGGGGGACGGCGAUAACUUGUCCUGGCCAUGGGACGAAAAGCCCUACGAGAUCCUCGGAGGGGGGAGGAUAUCGUAUCUCGAUGAGCAGGACAUCGCCUGCUUCCUCGAUCCCCCGAAGGAUCUCAUCCCCAUCGAUCCCGAUUCCUACAACCCCGCUGCCUAUCUUUGGAAGAAGCUUGGAGAUAUUCCUGAAGAAAGAAGGCCUCGUUUACUUUCUACGCUUGAACCUAGACUCAUAUCUAGGAUGUGGGAAAUAGUUGGAACCCGCUAUCAGGAUGCUAAGCUGGCCAAGCAAAGUGCAUCUACUUUGUUGCAUAUGGGUGAUAGUCCAAUAACACAGGAACGCUGGGCUUGUAGGACAAGCAAAGGACCUUUGCCUAUCACUUGGAGUUGGAUAAACGACUUUAAGCAGGCUAUUUUUCGUGGCAAUGACGGGGGUUUGUAUGGACGAAUGAUCUUUGGUGGAUUGAUUCCGGCUAGUGUAGCAAAUCUAUAUGGUCCGCUAUACUUCACAGUACGACAGGUUACGGAGGUCAUGUCAACAGAACAACCUUGCGAUUUAGCUUAUGAGUUUGAUGAUGGCCUAUUGGAUCUUCAUGACUUCCCUGAAGGCUUCCCCAAACCAGAGGAACAUCGUUGGCCAUUCGAUGAUCAUUUGGUUAUUUAUGUACGCCAUUGCGGACCAGGAGUUUUAGUGGGUCAAGCAUGGCAAGAAGGAAAAGAUUUGGAUCAAGUGCCCAAGAAGUUCUGUGGUGAGAUCUUGAUGGUGAAGAUAUCAUAAUGUAAGUUUAUAUUGGUGAAAGGGUCCACGAUCUGGCUGUUUGUUACUGAUGAUUUCAAGUUUAUCAUGCUCCAAUCUGAAGCUUAUUGAUGAAAGGGUCCAUGUUCGGGCUGUGUACUACGAUGAUUUAAAGUUCAUCAUGCUCCAAUGAAUAGAUUCUUUCCGGUGGCAUCCAUCUUAAAAAUUCUAACAGUUACCAUGUUUCAUAACCUGUUAUCAAUGAAGGCUCUUUGUAACUUAUUUAUUAUCUCUGGAAAUCAUAUGUAAACUUCUUACCCCUGACUGGAAAUCAUAUGUAAACUUUUUACCCCUGACUAGUCAAUGAGGUAGAAAAUGGUGAUGGGUUCAAAUGCAAUCCACACUUUUCAGAGCUGCUG